CAGACUGACGGCAGUGACAGCAUGGACUCACCGUAGCUGCUUCCAGGCUCCGGAGCCACGAAACCCGCACACAGGCAACUUUUAACCGCAGCAGACACUUCUGCCGGGCGGUCACCUUGACACUAAACACGGUCGGUACAUGUUUUAAUCGGUAGCAGGAACUUUCAGGAGCGUCGUGACUUUGUUUUUACUCGGACAAGGAAAAAAACACCCGAAGAAGUGUCUCUCUGCGUCGGUGUGGCGGCUCGGAGGGAACAUGAAAGGGACAGGUGUGCUGACAGGUUAAUUAGAGGCUCCGCUUUGUUUAUUAGCUGCUAAUAUUAGCUUUAAGCAAAAUGGAGCCCACACAGUUUGUGGCGUCUGAAAGUGGAGAGAGUCAGUCGUCGUCUGGUUCACACACUUUGUCCGAAGGAGAAGAAGUGACGGCUGCAUUGGACUGCAAGGUUUAUGGAGAUGGAGAGUUUGAAGGUGUGAACGAAGCCGAGGACAUGACAAACGCAGAAUAUCAAAAGGAGACGCCAGGAAAUGAAGAGGAUGGUGAUGAAGAUGAUGAGGAAGACGACAAGUUGGACAACAUCCUCUAUCCACCGGUCACUUACCUCAGGAAGUCAAGUAACCCUGAGCUGACUCAUGGAUUAAGUCCUGUGCUCAAACUUAAACGACAUCUCAGUGAGGAUGGAAAACAUGUUCGCAGAAGGAGCCUAGGUGGUGGUCUCACAGGAAAGUAUCUCCUGCUACCCACCAACCUCCAGCAGACACAGACAGCAUGUCAGCCAUCAUCUGACACCUCCAACCUGGUCCGUAUGCGUUCGCUGAAUCUCGGAAAAUCAGACCCUUCCCUCACUUCCAGCCCGAAGGAGCUGAGUCUUCCCAGGAGAGGCAGUUUCCUUACUCCCCGAAGCUUGAGCCCCACUCCCACUAGCCCUUGCAGUCCGUGCAGCCCGCUGCACGCUUUUCAUUUUUGGAGCUGCAGAACGAGCAACAGAAAAAGCCUGAUAGGAAGCGGUCAGUCUUCAGGUUUACCACGACCUCACUCCCCUCUCUCAUCCCUGACAGGAACAAGCCCACAGGACAGUCCUAGAAAUUUCUCUCCGAGUGCCUCCGCUCAUUUCUCCUUUGCACGAAGUCAUUGCCACAGAGCAGACAGGACUGAUGGUCGCCGUUGGUCGUUGGCGUCUCUUCCCUCCUCUGGAUAUGGAACCAACACACCAAGCUCCACCGUCUCAUCAUCCUGUUCAUCACAGGAGAAACUGCACCAGCUGCCCUUCCAGCCUACGCCUGAUGAACUGCACUUCCUCUCCAAGCACUUCUGCACUGAGAGCAUCUCUGGGGAUGAAUGCCGCAGAGCGACAGUCAUGCGACCCCGCUCACGCAGUCUCAGCCCUGGAAGAUCUCCUUCGUGUUAUGACCAUGAGAUUAUCAUGAUGAAUCACGUCUACAAGGAGCGGUUUCCUAAGGCCACAGCUCAGAUGGAGGAAAGGAUUCAGGAGAUCAUCCGUAGCAGCUCUCCGGAGACCGUCCUCCCUUUGGCAGAUGGUGUGCUCGGCUUUGCCCACCACCAGAUAAUUGAACUGGCCCGUGACUGUCUGGAAAAGAGCCGGUUAGGACUCAUCACCUCCAGCUACUUCUGUGAGCUCACUGACAAACUGGAGAGACUCGUUCUGGAGUCCACAGAGCGGUCAGAGAGCGAGGAGGUAAACUUCAUCAGAGAGCUGGUAAAGAAGAUCCUUAUAGUGAUAGCCCGACCUGCUCGACUACUGGAAUGUCUGGAAUUUGACCCAGAGGAAUUUUACCACCUUCUGGAGGCUGCAGAAGGACAUGCUAAAGAGGGCCAAGGCAUCAAGACGGACAUCCCUCGUUACAUCAUCAGCCAGCUGGGACUCACACGAGACCCUCUGGAAGAAAUUGCUCAGCUCACCAGCUGUGACAGCGGGAUUGCAGAAACCCCUGAAACGGAUGACUCUUCUCAGAGCCUGAGCACAGCCUUGCGAUCGCGACGAAAACCCUGUGAAUUAGACUUUGAGAUGACAAAGCUGAUCAGCAAUGGUGCCUAUGGAGCUGUGUAUCUGGUUCGGCACAAAGAAACCAAGCAGCGGUUUGCCAUGAAAAAGAUCAACAAGCAGAAUCUGAUGUUGAGGAAUCAGAUACAACAGGCCUUUGUGGAGAGAGACAUCCUCACCUUUGCUGAGAACCCUUUUGUGGUGUCCAUGUACUGCUCCUUUGAGACACGGCGGCACCUGUGCAUGGUGAUGGAAUAUGUUGAAGGAGGAGACUGUGCCACCCUUUUGAAGAACAUGGGUCCGCUUCCUGUAGAUAUGGCCAGGAUGUACUUUGCAGAGACAGUACUGGCUCUGGAGUACCUUCACAACUACGGCAUCGUCCACAGGGAUCUCAAACCUGACAAUCUGUUGGUGACCUCGAUGGGGCACAUUAAGCUGACAGAUUUUGGUCUUUCCAAAGUGGGGCUGAUGAACAUGACCACUAACCUGUAUGAGGGACACAUAGAGAAAGAUGCCAGGGAGUUCUCCGACAAGCAGGUGUGUGGAACCCCAGAGUAUAUUGCUCCUGAGGUGAUCCUGAGACAAGGCUACGGGAAGCCAGUGGACUGGUGGGCGAUGGGUAUUAUCCUAUAUGAGUUCCUUGUGGGCUGUGUGCCUUUUUUUGGAGACACACCAGAGGAGCUGUUUGGACAAGUCAUCAGUGAUGAGAUCAACUGGCCUGAUGGAGAGGAUGCUCCGCCUUCCGAUGCUCAGGAGCUCAUCACCUUGCUGCUGAGACAGAACCCUCUGGAGAGGAUGGGUGCAGGCGGAGCGGCUGAAGUGAAGCAGCAUCAGUUUUUCCACAACCUGGACUGGAACGGCUUGCUGAGGCAGAAGGCUGAGUUUAUUCCGCAGCUGGAGUCUGAAGAUGAUACUAGCUACUUCGACACUCGCUCUGAAAGGUACCAUCACAUGGAGACGGAGGAAGACGAUACAAAUGAUGAAGACUUCAAUGUGGAGCUGCGGCAGUUCUCCUCGUGUUCUCACCGAUUCUCUAAGGUUUACAGCAGCUUGGAUUUGUCUCGUGGGCACCUGGAGGAGAAAGGAGAGACGGAGGAGAAGAAGAGCGAGAGCCCGCUUACUGUAGACUCUCUCAGCUGGACGCCAGACUUUGCUGAAAUGCCCUCACUGUCCCACUCGACAGACACUGACAGUCUGAAUCAGGGCCCUCACCCCAGUUUGCUUCCAAAGUUUGCUAUCUCAGCUGAGAGUGAAGGAGAUGAGACGUCAGGCCUCGGUGACCCCAGCAAAGCCGCCUCCUCCAUCGGGGAGCUCCCACAUGACGAACCUGACGCCACCACUCCUGGCAGUACCCACAGCGGCGCCACGCUCUCCGGUAGUUUCUCAGAACAUCUGGACCAGCUGACACCCAGAGGUGAGGGUGUGGAGAGCCCUGACAGCACCAGUCACACAUCCACCACAGACCAGGCGCCUCAGACCACCACUCUGCGGCCUGAGAGUGCUGCAGAAAAGACCGGAGCUGUGGCUAAAGUCCCAAAGUCUGUGUCAACUGGUGCCCUUUCCCUCAUGAUCCCCGGAGAUAUAUUUGGGGUGUCUCCCCUGGCCAGUCCCCUCUCUCCUUACUCCCUCUCCUCAGACCCCUCCUCCAGAGACUCCUCCCCCAGCAGAGACUCCUCCCUCUGCACCACCAACCCACGGCAGCCAGUCGUCAUCCACAGUUCCGGGAAGAAAUUUGGCUUCACACUGAGGGCGAUCCGGGUGUACGCCUGUGACAGUGACAUCUACACUGUCUAUCACAUGGUCUGGAACGUAGAAGACGGUGGACCUGCUCAUAAAGCUGGACUCAAAGCUGGAGACCUCAUUACUCACGUGAACGGAGAACCAGUACAUGGCCUUGUCCACACUGAAGUGGUGGAGCUCCUGCUGAAGAGUGGCAGCAAAGUGGCCAUUUCUACAACCCCCUUUGAAAACACUUCUAUAAAAACGGGUCCAGCCAGGAGGAACAGCUACAGGAGUAAGAUGGUCAGAUGUGGCAAAAAGCCCAAGAAAGAGAAGACGCCAGAAAGGUACAAAUCUUCCAAAGAAACUAAUAUGAUGCGACGCUCCCUUUUCCGACGUUUUGCCAUGCAGCCUUCUCCUCUUCUGCACACGAGUCGCAGUUUCUCAUCUCUGAACCACUCGCUGUCAUCUGGUGAGAGCCUCCCUGGUUCCCCCACCCACAGUCUCUCCCCUCGUUCCCCUACUGCCGCCUUCCGCCCCGCACCAGAUUUCACCCAGUCAGGAGGGAACUCCUCCCAGAGCAGCUCUCCCAGCUCCAGUGCUCCAAACUCCCCUGCAGGCUCAGGCCACAUCCGUCCCAGCACCCUCCACGGCCUCGGCCCCAAACUGCCCGGUCAAAGACUCCGUCAGGGGCGUCGCAAGUCUGCCGGCAGCAUUCCACUCUCUCCUUUGGCUCGCACACCUUCACCUACCCCCCAACCGACCUCUCCUCAGCGCUCACCCUCUCCUCUCCUCAGUGGACACUCUGUCGCAAUUUCCAAGACUACGCAAGCUUUCCCAGCCAAGAUACAUUCCCCACCUACAAUUGUGCGCCACAUUGUUCGCCCCAAAAGUGCUGAGCCACCUCGUUCUCCCCUCCUGAAACGUGUGCAGUCAGAAGAGAAGCUGUCCCCCUCUUACACAGGAGAUAAGAAGCACCUGUGCUCCAGAAAACACAGCUUGGAAGUGACCCAGGAGGAGGUGCAGGAUGAGGAGCUGAGGACAGGCGAGCGGGAUUACACCGUCCUGCAGAGUGUGGAUGAAACAGCUAGUGAGCCACUGGCCAUCACCCGCUUACGACCUGUCGAGCAGGGCUGCUUAAAGAGGCCCAUCAGUCGCAAGAUGGGCCGGCAGGAGUCUAUUGAGGAGCUUGACAAAGAAAAACUGAAGUCCAAGAUGGUUGUGAAAAGACAGGACUGGUCAGAGAGGAGAGAGUCUCUGCAGAAGCAAGACGCCCUGCAUGAAGCUGACUCAUCACCUUUGUGUAGCGAUGACAGAGAUGACAGUUUCCUGAUCCGAAACCAAAAUAAAACCCCGAGCAGCCCGGAGUCUGGCCCUUUAGAGGCCAAAGCUGUUAGCACAACUCUUAAAGAUGUCUUGUACAAAAAACUAAACACACGUGUGUCUGAGGGCAUCACUGAACCAUCAGGUGGCAGCAGUGAAAGUGAAGGAGGCCUCCGAACUACUCUCUGCUCGAUUCACCCAGAGUGGCAGCACUCACGGCAGGGGAAGGACAACAUGAAGCCAGACAGGUUGGACUUCAAAGCUCCCAGCAUCGAGUUCACAAGAAAGAGGUUGUCAUUUGAAGAGCGGGAGGACUGCAUGUGUCGGCUGUCGUCUGGCCUCCAUGAGAACCUGCACUUUGGCUCGACCAGGUCGAAGAGCCUUCAGCUGGACACAGCCAUCUCUCAUGAGCACAUGAAGGCCGGACUGGGCAGCGUUCAUUCAAGCCCUGAGGGUCUGGCCCCCAAGCUGUUCUCUGGGAGAGGAGAGAGCGCUGUGGAAAAACUCCAGCUCAUCUCCUCUGCAGAGUCUCCGCUCAGAAAGACAUCAUCUGAAUAUAAACUUGAAGGACGCCAUGUCUCCUCCCUGAAACCUCUAGAGGGCACUCUGGAUAUCGGUCUGCUCUCAGGGCCCAGAGUCUCCAAAACAGAAACCUGUUUAUCCAAGAUGGCAGAGAACACAAGCGACACUGUGUCUGUGAGUCCUCCAAUGUGGCUCCAGAGCCCCACGGAGAGACAGAUAACCAUCCCCCAACUAAAAACUACAGACAAGGUAAAGAGCCCCCUGACUUACUCCCUAAACCCUGAAGCUGUUUCUUCUCUAAACAGCAUCUUCAAAGAGCAGUCAAAUAAUGCAGCCACAGAAAUUAUAAUCAAUGCAAGUAGUGAGAAAACACAAGACAGACUUGGAGAAUCAUUAAAGGGUUCAGCCAGCAAAACGGAGGCCUCAACAUUGACUGUCAAACCAGAGAGCAGGACGGUUGUGAAAGCUAGUUCAUCACUGGCUCAUGACCACAGAGGACCUCGACAUAGCUCACACUUCUCCUCAUGUGGAAAAACACCCUCCAUACGGGAAGUGAGCAACGAAGAUCAGGAGGAUGAAGUGGAGCAGCAGGAUGUCACACCAAGCACUACAUCACAGAGCACUGACAGCUCCAAGACAGUAGUCUCUUUGACUGCAGCAAAGCUGGAGGAUGACAUAAAAACUUCCCCUGCACCUGCACAAGUAGAGAGUCCAGCAACAGCUGACAACGAGCCGUUACCUGUAGCAUUGAGGCCGAAUGUACACUUUGGUUUGGAUACAGGUCAGCAUCAGAGCUGUGAGAAAAGAAAAGCUGCUGCAGAGAACUUAAACAUAACCUCUGUUUCUAAAGUGAAUGUACAGAAAGACUCUGCACAGGUUCCAGAGAAAGUGUUUUCAAAACAGCAGCAGUUAAACAUCUGCUCUGCAAGUACAGAACCCCAAGUUUCUAUCACAGUAUCAGCAGUUGGCCCCAUAUGUGACAAUAAAUCCAGCAGUUUGAAAUCAGAAAGUCAGGACUGCUGUCAAACAUCUGUUAGUAAGGACAAUGUGCAAUCUAACAGAGAUCCAGGCAGCUCUGGUGCUAAGAAGGAAAUCAACACAUGUGCUACGGUUGCAAAAGUGGGGCAGCAGAGAGAAGUUUUUACAGAGAACACAUCAUUAAAUAUCAUCACAGAAGUCACACUGAGCGUGAACAAAAAGAGUAACACUGUGUCUGCUGGGGCAGCAGAGGACAGCAGCAUAUUGUUGCAGAGGAAAGAAGUUCCCAUGUCACCAAAGACAAAGAAUACAGGCAAUGAGAAAGAUUCAGAGCAGCUGUCAAAAAGCUAUCCAGCUAUGAAAGCACAACACAAGUCUUCUGAUUCAGAAAUUUGCACGUCUAAGAAAGAAGACACUGUUAUCAGCACAAAAGAAAACACUGUGGUCCCUUUGGCUAAACUGAAAAAUUCGGCUUCAGCAACUAUAAAUGAAAAUGUUUUAAGCCCCAAAAGUAAGUCAAGGCCUGACCCACAACCUGCACCACCCACAUCUGUGAGGACAGAGAAGGAGACAAAAACACUACAAGUGAAAUCUCACAGCACAGCUCCUCCCGUCCCCGUUGUCAAGGGCAGUCCAAAUUCAAAACAGAAAGACCUGCCCAAGGAUUCUGCACACGCAACUUCAAAUGUUCAAUCAACUCAUGACGCUAAAUGGAAAGAAGCCUCGCUGCCAUCCGCUGGAGCUGACAUAAAGCACGAAGAAUCUGGGCAGCCAACAAAUUCGCCCACUAAUGCUGACGUGAAGCAAAGCAAAACCCAGCCCAAAGGUUCUGUAGCAAUUUCAACUCAUGCAGUAAAAGACAGCACAGACUCAAAGCCAAAAUCUGUCCCUCCUAAAACUGUCACGUCAUCAACUCUAAAGCCGGCUGUAGCUCCACCAGUUGUGAAACAGAGUCUUGAUACCAAACCUAAAGACUCCUCACCCAAAAACCAAGCAGCAGUCCUUAAGGACCAUCGUGACUCAAAGCCAAAAGAUGCUGCUUCACCUCAGCAGCAGCUCAGGAAGGAGACUCUGCCAGCGUCAGAUGUUUCCUCUCAGCCCAGUCCACCCCCAGUGCUGCCGAAACCUGCAGUGAAAAAAGAAACACAUUCACCAAGCAGUGGAGCCGCCUCAGGCAAGGUCUCCAGCUGUGAAUCUGCAGUCAAGGCGUCCAAGGACAGUCCCAAGCCUGAAGCCCUGAAACCAGACAGUCACAAGGCCCCAGAAACCCGAAUCACCACCCCUGACAAGCAGGCGUCCUCCGGCCGGAAGGAGGCGGCUGAAAGGAAGAAAAAAGAACCAGCUCAAGAGGUCAUGUCUGCACAGAAAACCGCAAAAAGGGACACAUCCAGGGCUUCUCCCUCUGCUCUCAAAGACACCUCAGACAAAGACACCAGCAGGUGCAAACAGCAGAAGGAAUCACCUCGUAGUUCCAGCAACAAAAAGUAAAAAGAGGGGAAAUAGCAGCCGACAUUAUCGCUUCAGAGGUGUAAUAAAAUGUUAGAAAUGAUUUGUGCAAGCAUCAUCAUGCCUUCUUUUUUUGCUUUUUCGUUAGAGGACCGAGAAAGCUGUUACACGCUGAUAGAGAGGAAGGUGUGUGUGUGUGUUUCAUAAGAUUAUUUACAACACAUCAAUGUUUCUAGGUCUGAAUGUAGGCAAUUGUGUGUUGAUAAUUUUUUGAUGUUUUACAUCAAGUGAAUGUUUGGACGUUUUCUUUGUGUUCAUUUCAGAAUGCUUUGUGCAAUCAGUAUGUCAGGGGCAAUAGGGAGGAGCCUUACAGAGGUGGUGAUGUACUGUAGAAUCAGUGCCAUAAAUGAUUUUAAAUUGCACUCUUACUUGUAAACUCGGAGGACCUGAUGUCGAAGUCUUUUAAUGCAGUAGACCACACAAAUUUUUCUCAGCAACUUAGCAGCUGUUGUAUUGUUUCCAUUCAGUAUGAUCAGAUUGCUUUUCUGGUGAGGUUUUGUGCAGUGGUACACAGACGGAACGCACUAUGUCCUGUGCUUUUCCCCUAAAAUUUAAAAAAAAGAUACAGAAUCACACUUUGGUUCUAGAAAUCAUAAAUUAGUGAAGGGGCCUUAGAUUUAUGGGAAAUAAAACUUGCUGUUCUUAGCAAGAUGUGGUGUUUAUUCACAUUCCUCUGACAUGUGUACAUAUAUUUUUGAUUUUUAUGCAAUAUGGUGUAAAUAGGAUGACAUUGUAAAACGGGGAUACAUGGGCUUACAUGAUUGUCGUUUGUAUUAUAUGUAUAGACUUUGCAGUGUCAUGUUUGUAUGCUCGAUAUUAAGAGUGUCAUGUUCUGCUUGUGUGGUCUAAAGUAAGCUACCGUGACGUAUCUCGUCAAAGGUGUCCUCUUCUUUGCAACUUUUAACAUGUUCCAAAACUAACUUGAAGAGAGGGGCGAGAAGGCAUGAGGGGGUAACUGGGCUAUUUCUGAAAAUGUAGCAUUAUAUAACAAAACUGUGAGGGCUGUCAGCAUUUCCCAAGAAUGUCUUUAUUGUUGAUGAUGGAUAAAGUAGAAUGACGAUUGUGUGAAAGGCAGAAUAUUGUGUUUGAUUGAUGAGACGAACCAGUGAGUAAUCACUGCAGUAGGUUUCUAAAAGACAUCAUGCCGAGUUUUGCCCACGUCAUCAUACAGGAUAAAUCCUGUGAUUAAAUGCAGUCUAAAAAGGGUUCGAGUGCCCAAAGUGCUUCACUGUCGCGGUUGUUGUGUUUGGGACUCAAGCUUCAUCUGAGCAAAGAUUUUUCGAGGAAUCCUGAUUGUUUGUCCACAACAUAAAUUUGAUGUCAGUGUGCAAAUACUCGGUACUAUACAUAUAAGCUGUCAUUUAUCCGCACUCACUUCUUGCUAUUUACACACACCGACACGUUUCUAUACUGUAGAUGCCUUUAAAUUGCAAAACCCUAAAUGACAACCAGAAAGUAGCCUCUGACACUUGUAGUAGCAGUAUUUGCUCUGUUGUACCGGCUAUAAAAAAUAAAAACUAACAGUACUCUUGUCUACUACAUAUAUGUUGAAGAGAAAACACUUCAUUUAACCUGACACAGCAUAUAUCUAAAUGUUCCAUACUGUAUCUAAGAAUGAAAGCAAAACACAAGAUUGACAGCAGAGAUUUUAAUGUUAAAAGAAUCUGAUGUUUACCUGCAUUAGAUAUUGUAAAUGUAUUGCUAAUGUAUUGUGAGAGAACAAAAUGCACCUUAAUGUUUGCCAAUAUUCAGUUCAGAAGGUGAGUAAAGGAGGAUCUGGAACUGAAAGUGGUUUAUGAAUCCAACACUUAUCAUUUGAAUGAAUUUAUUAAACCCUCCUUAACCUUCCACAUACUUUUUUUUCCCCCCUCCUGUGGCGAAAGACAUUUGAAAUCCUCAAAGCACACUCAAUGUUUGUUUACAAAGCAUCAUGGAUGUAUAUUUUGUAUAUUGUUGAUUUGCCAAAUCUAUGUUCUGUGUCACAGAUGAUGUUGUUUAUAGUCGUGUGAGAUUCUGCUCCAUCGCCACCAGGAUGAUGUUUAAUAAGAACAUUUGUUUGUGCAGUAAUCAAUGUCUUUACAUGUGUCAGGUUCUUCUUUGUCUGCUUGUCUUUUCAGUUUCCUUUUCUUUCUUCCUCUGUGCAAAACUAGUAUUAGAUGAACUUGCUUACGAUGGUUUGUCUUUUAGAAUAUGUGCAAUAAAAGUGUUUUGAGUUUUGUAUUUUGCCCAAGGAAAGCUCUAUGGAUGUCAUAGAUGUUGUAUAUUAAAACAGAUAUUUAUACUUCUAAUGUUGCGUAAUACUGAAAAUAAAAUGGAAUUAUGAAUUA